AUGACGACAAAAGCAAACCGCUUGACCUUCUUGGAAGCUGUGCGGCGAGGACGAACAGACCAGGUUGAUCAACUUCUUCGGGCGCGGGCACAUCCAGAAGAUGUGGAUGAGAACGUUUGUGAUUGGACCGGAGAGCCCCUCCGUCCAACGGUUCUGAUGCUGGCAGCCCAAAAUGCGCAGCAGGUUUGUGUCGAAAGGCUGUUGCAGGCGGGUGCUCUGGUGAAUGGCAAGAAUGCCAUCGGGCGAACCGCCCUGCAUAUAGCAGCCGAGAAAGGGCACGUCCCAGUCGCAAAACGCUUGCUACAUGCACAUGCGAACCUGGACAUCGACGACAAGAAGGGCAACACUCCCCUGCACCGCUCGGCAUGCAAUGGGAGGCAGGAGAUGACGCGUGUGCUGCUGGCAAUGCUUGCGGAAGUCGACGUCAAGGACCAGCGAGGCCAAACCCCCAUGGACCAGGCCAGAGACCGUGGUCAAACAAAGAUCGUGGAGAUGCUGGCUGAGGCUGCAGCUGAGAAGGCAGCGGCAUUCGUGCAGCUCCGAGUUCUGAAUCGACAGCAGCUCCAGCUCGUUGCAAAGAGAGUUGAGGUUGAAGGUGAUUCUGAUCUCGAAGCCAUGCUAGCAAUGCUGACCCAGUACUUUGUGGCUCGCUUUCGCGGACGACAAGCCUCUGAGUUGAUCCAAGAAGCCCAAGCAAUGCGAGUGAAGCAGGAUGCCCUCGAUGAGGCCAUGCAAGAGUACGACAAUAUGCCGAAGCUCGGGCUGAUUAAGUUGCUGGUGUCGCAGACGGCACUGACCACUGGCUACGUGCCUCCGCCGCCUUUGCCGCCCAUCCAACCGAUGGGCCCCGUAAGUAGUACCGUGGCACCGCCGGCACCGCCGCUGCCACCGCCGCCAGCAUCAACCAAAUCCCCACGUGAUCACCAGUCGAUGCGGGCAUUGAAAGCCUGA